AUGGAAGGAUUGACGGUACCGGCGUCCGGACAGGCGCAACAACAGCCCAAGACUCGGCGACCGCACCGGCCUCGCAAGGACUACACCAAUUUGGACACGGUAUUCGACUCACUCGACGACCUCAAAACCGCCCUACGCCAGUACAUGGACAAUGCCACGACCGCCGACGCCCUCCCGCAAUAUGUCUCGUGUGCUAUGACCUUGUCGACCGAUGCCGCCCUGCCUCUCAAGUCCCCCGCCGACGCGACAUACCCUCAGCGACGCGCCAGCUAUGUGCCCUUUGACGGCUUCGGCGAUGACCUGGAUCUCGCCGGUCACAAUGUCGGCGCCAUCGCUCCUGGACAAGCAGAGCAGGAGCAGGAGCAAGACCAAAAUCAAGAGCAGCAGCUGGCAUACAAGGCGGUGCUGGAACUGGUAAACAUCGACGACCUCAAGCAGCGACAGAUGUGGCAGCGCGCGGCAGCCAAGGGCAUCGUCCAGCAGAUCCAGCACCUCGAUGGCUUCAAGUACUGCUUCAACAACAACUGGUCCAGCAAAGACGACAACGGCUACCGCUACUCAUACACCUGUCUCGACUCGCUCGAGAACAAAGACAGACACGCCAACGGCUUCCGUGCUACCAAUGCCGCAACCCGUCGUCCUGGCGCCAACACCCGCGGUGUCCGCAAGCCAACCUACGAUUGCAAGGGUCAGAUUGCCGUCAAGUUCUCUGCUCUCCGCCAGUCUGUCGAGGUUGUCUAUAAGCAUCACGCAAUCCACAAGACGGUUGCAGAGAGACGUCCACCUCCACGCAAAGACUCGAAACGAAAGUCUGCCACGCACCCCUCCGUCUCGGAAACCACCCCUGAUGCCAGCUUGCUAUCCUUUGCAGACGAGGACACCCAUGACGGCGCCUUCAUUCUCGACGACAUUGACCACUCAGUCUUCCGGCCCUACUCUGAUCCUACAGAAGCUCCGAUCGUAACAAAGCCACCUCGAAAGACCAAGGACACCAACACUCAGCCGCGUCCAAAGCGUCAAAAGAUUCAGCCUCUCCAGCUGGCAGAGCAACCAGAACGCCCCAUGUCUUUGGUCGAGAUCCUCCAGCAGUCCAUGACUCCGUCUGAUGUUCCGUCUAGUGUUCACGAGCCUCAAGCUCAUCCAUCGCCACAACACCCCCCCUCACUUUGGCAGACACCAUCUUCAGCUCCUGUCUCCACCUCGUCCAACAUUGUUCAUGGACACUACACCCCGCUCGCAAGCCGUCCCAGCUUUGCCCAUUCCUACCAACAACCUCAGCCGCCUGAUGUUGGCCGUUUCUCAAAGCUCGCUGUGCCGUGCUUCAAGUGCAAGGCUGCGCAAACCCAGUGUGAUGGCAGACAACCUGUCUGUGACUCCUGUCAGCUUCGGGGGACUGUUUGCAACUACCCUUCAAUCCUGAGGUUUGACAAGGCACCCGUUCCUGACUCGCGCUGGAUUCAAGUACAACCCACGCAGAAUGGGCGUGGUGUAUUUCGUGUGAACCAGACUCCCGCGGCCAGCGCUUCGACCAUUCCUGCUCACAACAUGUUUGCCGGCCAACAAGGUCCAUGGUUUCCUCAGUCCUGA